CCUCCGGCUCUCCCCCGCCGCAGCGAGGCCGCCCCAGCCGCCGCGGGCAGCCCCCCGGGGUGCCCCCUGCUCCUCGCGGACAAGAGCCUGUGCGGCCUGAAAGGCGGCAAGGAGCCCGUGGUGUACCCCUGGAUGAAAAAGAUCCAUGUCAGCACCGUCAACCCCAAUUACAAUGGAGGGGAACCCAAACGCUCCCGAACCGCCUACACCAGGCAGCAGGUCUUGGAGCUGGAGAAGGAGUUUCAUUUUAACCGUUACCUGACCCGGCGGCGUCGCAUCGAGAUCGCUCACACGCUCUGCCUCUCCGAGCGCCAGGUCAAGAUCUGGUUUCAAAACCGGAGAAUGAAGUGGAAGAAGGACCACAAACUGCCCAACACCAAGAUGCGCUCCUCGGCCCCGGCCCCGGGCAGCCAGCCCUCCAAGGCGCAGACUCAGGGCCCGCAUCUUGCCCCUCGCCACCAGCCAGGUGCCUCCACACCCAACUCCUCCACGCUAUAAUCGUCCACCUCCCCAGACCUAUUUGAUUCCCUCCCUGCUUCUUCCUUUCUUCUUCUGCUCCUCUUCCCGCACCCUCCCCCCCCCCUUCUGUCUGGACCAAAAAUAAACACGACCCGACACCCUACUCCGCGUUUGUAAAUAAUAAAAAUGAGAGAGAGGGAUAGAGGGAGAGAGAGAAGACAUGAUCUCUGCUCGGCAGAGGAGUCCAGGUUGUCACCCAGGUCUGGACCCAGUUCAGAUACUGGCCCGCUAGCCUACCAGUGGGAUUGUUUAUUUAUGGAAAUGCUCGCAGAGCUGGGAUAUGAAGUUCGGUAUCCAACUGCCAAGGACUCCGUUGUAUGCAGUAUUUUUGAAAAGGCUAAAAUGAACAGUCCUAUCCAGUGGUGGCUAGCAGUGCAGUUCUCGGGAAAUAGUCACCUACAUAGAGUGCAAACAAAAGGACCGGCCCCUCCCCCCUCGUACGCUCCCCCACCCACCCAAAGCAGGUUGCAAAAACUGCUCCGGAACUGAGAAGAGGAGAGAGGCCGUUUGGAAUGUCACAAGGUUAUUUAAUUGGUCUCCAGGUGUAUAGUCCCUGAUGAUAUUUGUGACACAUUCGUUUCUCUUUAUCUCAUUUAUUUAAAAUAUUGUUAGAGGUUUAUUGUUGUCUUACUCUCUGGCCCAGCUCUAACUGGCAAGAGGGGGCCCAUUUAGAUCCACGUGAGACUGUAAAUUGUGGGUUUUGGUGUAACUGUAUAUAGAGCCAAGUGCUGAGAAUAAAUCCUGUAAAACAACAACAACAAACCGUGAUAUUA